CAGCAGUGGCAGAAUGCAGUCGAUUGCAGAACCCCUCGAAGAAACAACACGUGGUCUGCUCACUACCUCCGACUACUGUACAAAUUUUGACGCAGUUUUGCACGGGGCAUCUCAAAGAGGGAGCAUUAAAUUUGAGAGGUGAGAAAAGUGAAAAACGGGGACUUAAACGGUGCAAUGUGGUACCAUUCACGUUUGCACAGAUUCGCCUGAUUCCAGCGGUUCUACAAUCCCGUAGUAUUAACAGCCAGGAAAACGAGCAUAAAUAUGAGCAGACCGAACAGAACAUGGAUGUAUCUGGCUUGGAUACGCGAUAUUUCGGUAGAGCCGACAAUGUGGCUAUACAUGAUGGCGUAUAUGAUCACGUCUGUAGUGGAACAGGCAUUCUUCGUACAGAAAGCAUGUCGCGUGGACCAUGGAUACUCGGAGGAGGUCUGCGCGAACCUGACCUACAACCAGACAAUUAAGUCCGAGGUUCAGAUGACUGUGUCUAAUUUCCAUCAAUGGAACAGUAUAGCUGGUCACGUAGUACCAAUUAUUCUAGCGCUGUUCUUUGGUAACUGGAGCGAUAGACAUGGUCGGAAGUUGUUACUAAUUAUGGGUCUCACUGGGAAAUUCAUCUACUCUUUUAUGAUAGUCAUUAAUUCCAUGAUGGACACAUGGAAUCUAAACUCUGUGGUCUACACAGCAAGUCUGCCUAUGGGGAUUCUAGGGGCUGACGUUGCCAUUUUCGGCAGCUGUUUCGCAUACCUAUCAGACAUUACAUCAGUGAGACAGAGGACCAUGAGGAUUAUGAUUCUAGACGUUGUGUACCUCAGCACUAUGCCAACAGGAGUGGCCCUGGGUUCCUACAUCUACACACACAUCGCCGGUGCAUCGUAUACGAUCAUGUUCUCCAUAAACACGAGUCUACUAAUUCUAGCUAUAGUGUACUCUCUGAUAGUACUAAAAUGGCAGACGCUACCGCAACAGCAGCCGCAUUCGUGCAGUAAUUUCCUGACGGACUUCUUCGACAAGGAACACGUGAUCGCGACCGCACGGACGUUGACCAAGUCCAGGCCAAAUCAUACGAAGCUACACUUAUGGUUGCUACUGAUCAUCAUGAUGCUCUAUACAUUUCAAAGGGAUGAGAAGCCUAUGAGCUACCUAUACACACAGCUGAAGUUCAAGUGGGACGUGACGAAGUUCAGCAACUUCAGAACCUUCCAAUCGACUAUGUUCGUUCUGGCGAUGCUGGUUGGCGUACCGCUGAUGAGUAAAUUACUGAAAAUAAAGGACACUAUCAUCAUCGCGAUUGGAGCAGUUUCGCACGCGGCUGGCAGACUUGUAUUCAUCUUUGCCAGGAUUCCAGAAAUGUUCUAUGUUGGAGCCGGAGUGGCUGCAUUGGGCCCAAUGGUGGCACCAGUUUUGAGAUCAAUGAUUUCUAAGCUUGUCUCUUUGGAAGAAAGAGGGAAGAUGUUCGCAAUGCUUUCUGUCUGUGAUAACGCGGUGCCUUUGUUUAGCGGCAUCUUGUACACUCAACUCUACAAUGCAACAAUUAAUACUGAGCCAGCGUCAAUAUACUGGCUGACAUUUGCCACACAGACAUCAGUAUUCCUCCUAAUUUUAGUAAUUAAUUUUACAAUGAGAAAUGGACAACAGGAAGGCAGCGAAGAGUAUAUUGACAAUGAAGUUUCCAAUUUGUCUAAGUCUUCCACGCCAGAACCUAACACUAUUAGUGAAGAGAGAGAAUUAAGAUAAUGAAACUAUAAUUAGUGUAGAAUUAGAAUAAUGACCCUUAUAUUCCAAGAAUUUUAUUUUUAUAUAUGCACAAACAUAUCGUAUACUUAAGAUUAGUACAAAAUGUUAAUAAAUUAUAAUUGAAGAAAAUAUAGUAUUAUACAACUGUUAA